UGGAGUUGUGAUCGGCCGUGGAUUCAGCAUCCCUGUCCUUUUUGCACCCGUCGCUACUAUCCUCUGGGGGUGCUGGGCAGAGCCAGGGAAUUCAAGGUUCCCAGGACUGGGUACUCAGAACAGGUCAGAGUCUAGUACGUCAGGGUAGAAGGAUCUUCAGGGAUUCUUACGGAGGAAGCUCUUAAUGAAAAACCAAUGUGAGGUGUUAAACCUACUCAUAGGUAGAGGGCAGGUGUGCAGGCUUUCUGCUCUGUGCCCCAGACCUGUGGUCAUUCUCCAGAUUCAUCCCUCCCUGUAUUUAUUGGUGUCAAAGAGACAAUCCUUGUGGGACACAUGAGGCCAUGAAGUUACUUUGGAGCAUUGCUGAUUUUAAUUACGGGAUUGCUGUGCCAUAAAAGUGUGGUGACAAUAGACUCUCUGGGCAGCACCCACCCAAAAGUCAGAACUGGGCUGCUAGGAAUGCAGAAAACAAGUAGGGAAUUGAAAGGAGACUUCGAAAGGCUUUAAAGGUGACACUAAGGCAAGGAACGGGGGCCUCAGAAAAUGCCCAGAGAUGGCAUAUUGCAAUUUCUUUUAUUUUUUAACUUUUUAAAAAAAUUUUUUAUUUUAGAGAGAGAACAUGAGCAGAGGAGAGAGGCUUCCGUGCUCAGGAGGGAGCCUGACAGGGAGCUUGAUCCAAUCACCCUGGGAUCCUGACCUGAGCUGAAAUCAAGUCAGGUGCUCAACCAACAGAGCCACCCAGGCGCCCCCACACUGGCAAUUUCUAAAUGCUGCCCAAGCAUUUAGAUGUUUUCUUUUCAAGAAGGAAGAAUGUUUGCCUAAUAAAAAAAAUUUUUUUUAAUUCCACCACGACCUAGUAGUCUCAGGGUCAGUUAACCUUGAUGGGAGAAUUACCCAGAAGCUUUGUUCUCGGUUCACAGGUGGUGGGCUCUGAACAGCCGGAAUGGAUGUGCAGGCACCUGGCAAGCAAACAAACCUUCCAUCUUGGUCCUGGCCCAGCUCUGCUUUCUCUCAGCCCAGGAGAGCGUGCCUUCAGCACAGACCAGCGCCAAGAGGGAGACGGGACUGCUGAGAGCUGGAAACGGGAUCCCACUCGAACACCCACGCCCCACAGAUCCCGGGUAUCCCGGAAGCAGUGCCGGCGUGCUUCCUGGGGAUUUGUGAGAUGCUUUCACCUGGGCUGGGGAGCCUCGGGGACAAUCACCGAUCAAAAUCAGCUGACUGUGCUCAGCUGCCCGUUAUGGAACGCCUCUGGGUCACGCAGCUGCCUGCACCUGAGCUACCCUCUCGGCGUUGCAAGCCCGCAGAUGGACCCUAAGAAGCCGGUGGCUGCUGAAGACCUUUGCCGUGAUUUUCAGCCGGAGACACUGCCAGCUGGUCCGAGACGACCUCGGGCUGCCCGCAGAGCUGCCGCAGCAUGGCGGGGAUGCUUUGCUAACGCUGCAGGAUGUAUUAACGGAAGAGAAAUGAGGCUCUUUCACGACGGGUCCCUGAGUUGUUUGGGGGAGGGUUGCAUCAAUCUGCCGGCAAUGCUUAGUAGUAAUAAAUGGGUUUAUGAUAUGCAUCUGGCUUGGUGGAGCCUGGGGGCUCGGACCACGUAAGGCUGGCCACGUGGCUUCAAUAAGCCUGCAGGACUGGCUCGCUCUAAGAGACUCCCACCACGAAUAGACUUUGGGUUCCUUCUGCUCAGGUUCUCUGCAUGUACACCGGUGAGGAUGUGGGACCUGUGUGACUCAGCAACGGGAGGACAAAGAAGAACUGCUCCUGAGAGUGCCAGACCCCUCCCCCUCUCCUGUGUCACACCCAGUGCCUGUGACAAGACUGAGAGUGACACUUCUGAAUCCUGUGAGCCCUGUCAGCAGCAGAGCGUUGAAGGUAAUUAAUGUGCAAUUAACACACAUUAUCUUUCGAUGCACCUUCAUGGUCUAUUCUUCAUGUCACCUAAACCGUCUGCUUGCUAAGUGCACUUGGUCGUUGGCGAUCAGUCUGGUGACCCGGAAAUGGGAAGGAAGGCUCGUUACCAGGGGAAUACUGAGGGCUCUCGGUUGUAAUUCUGUGGCCUCCAUAAACACACCGAAGAGAAUGCAGGUGAUUUGCUCAACCAGCACAUAAAUUGGAAAAGCACAAAGCCUCUCCCGCAGGGAAUCUGUCUACAGGGAAGUGAGCGGGGACACCGGAGAGCAGCUUUCUCAGGAGGAAGGCAGCUGGGAAGAGAGACGAGCACCGGGACAGAGCCCCGUGGAUGGGACAGAGGGAUGCACUCCGAGACCUGAAGAGGGAACCGCAGACUCUGCUGGCCAUUGACCACUCGCAGCCCUGGAGACGACAGAAACCUCCCUAAGUCAUUUAGGAUGAGAACUAGAAGUUCUAG